GGAGGACCAGCGCGAACCCGCCGCAGCGCGAGCGAACCCGACGCAGCGCGAGCGCCCGGCCGCGCGCUUAUCUGCGCUGCACUUGACUCCGGGACACACUUUUGACAAACAUGUCGCGUUUCGCUGCUCGCCUCCUCGCUGUUUCUCAGCACGCCACGCUGAGAUCGGCCGUGACCACCGGCAGCAGGAUCCCGCAGCUGCUCCGCUCCCUGUCCACCUCAGCAGGCCUACAGUCUCUCACGCGGUAUAACAAGACUACAGACUGGCAAAAGAAACUGACCCCAGAGCAGUAUGUAGUCACCAGAGAGAAGGGAACCGAGGAGUACGACUGGUGGACUUUGAUCAGCACUUCACUGCUGGCCUCUUUCAGCCUCAUCAAGUUCACUAACAGUCCUUUGGGGUGCGUGAGUGGCCUCCAUGCCACCAGAGACAUGCCUCCUUUCAGUGGGAUCUAUCUAAAGCACUUUGAGGUCGGAAUGUACCACUGCGUCUGCUGUGAGGUGCCACUAUUCAGUUCAGAGGCUAAGUACGACUCGGGGACAGGUUGGCCAGCUUUCAAAGAAGCUCACGGGACAUGGGAGCGUGAUGAGAGCCACGCCUCCAUCAUUCGUCGCCCUGACAACAGCCUCGGGAGUGCUGGGACUGAGGUUCUUUGUAAAAAUUGUGAUGCCCACCUUGGCCAUGUUUUUGAAGAUGGACCGGACCCAACAGGUCAGCGGUUCUGUAUCAACAGUGCAGCCCUCAACUUUAAACCCAGAGAAAACGGCAUACCUAAUGAGGAUGAGCAGAAAUGACGGACUUGUUUUAGCUGGUCAAAAACCGGAGCAGGCAUUUUGAAGAAUGGUUGAAUUUUCUUAAGAAGAGGGAGGCCUUCUAUGACUCUGUGAGUACUUAGUUGUUUAGCAUCAAUGGGAAACUAUAACAGGAUAAAAAAGAAGGUGCAACAACUGUUGAAUGAAAGACAUGCAGUAUGUAUCCUGUUUUUACUAAUGUUUGCCAUUUCUCCAGUAACAACAUAAUAAACUGAAUAAAUUCUUAUAUGUCUGAAAUA